UGCCCAUUAAACGAGUAAACCCCCCCUCUCUCUCUCUGUAUCUAUAUGUGAUAAUAUUAUAUUCUUCCUCUUUUCUCUCUCACUUUCUCUCUCUAUAUCUAUUUAUUUCUCUCUCUUCCAUCUCCGCCCAUGGCGACGGUGCAGAUGGAAGAGCUAACAUCCGGUGCGAGCAGCCGUAUCAUACCGGUCUUCACGAACCUACGGCGGUCCGUACUGUCAUACGAGUCGUUCCGUCGAUCUCUCAUCUUCAUCCAAUCGAUUUUCCUCUGGUUCCUUCUUCUCCUGCCUCGUAACCGCCUCAAUUCGUCGACGUCUCAGCCGCCGUCGCCGUCUUCCGCGGCGUCUGUGGCGUCGUCGAAGCGGAAAUUCGCUUUCAGGAGAGAUGAAGAGGACACUCUGCGGCGGAGAGCUCUGGCCGAGGGUUUGGAAAUGGUGGUGGAGACCGAUGACGGGACCAGCGUGUGCCAAUGGAGCACGUCGCUGUUCAUUGGAGUUAAGCGCAACGCUUUGUUCUGCCGGUCGUGGUUCCCGGUCAACGGUGAAAUGAAGGGUAUCAUGAUUAUUAUACAUGGGCUUAAUGAGCACAGUGGACGAUAUUCUCAUUUUGCAAAGCAACUAACCUCGUGCAACUUUGGGGUCUAUGCAAUGGACUGGAUUGGUCAUGGUGGAAGCGACGGAUUACAUGGAUAUGUGCCUUCACUUGAUCAUGUUGUGGCAGACACUGGGGCUUUCUUAGAAAUGAUCAAAGCGGAAAACCCUGGGAUACCAUGUUUCCUCUUUGGUCAUUCAACUGGAGGGGCUGUUGUUUUAAAGGCAGCUUCAUUUCCACACAUUGAAGAAAUGUUGGAGGGAAUAGUACUAACUUCACCAGCUUUGCGUGUUAAACCAGCACAUCCAAUAGUUGGCGCUGUGGCUCCUUUAUUUUCACUGGUUGUUCCGAAGUACCAAUUCAAAGGUGCCAACAAAAGGGGCAUUCCAGUUUCAAGGGAUCCUGCAGCACUCUUGGCCAAGUAUUCUGACCCAUUGGUCUACACUGGGCCAAUGAGGGUCCGAACAGGUCACGAGAUCUUGCGCAUAUCCUCUCACUUGAUGCGGAAUUUAAAGUCCGUCACAGUCCCAUUCUUUGUCCUUCAUGGAACUGCCGAUAAAGUCACUGAUCCACUUGCUUCCCAGGAUCUGUUCACUGAAGCGGCCUCCACGUUUAAGGACAUAAAGCUCUAUGACGGCUUCUUGCACGACCUUCUCUUCGAGCCCGAGCGUGAAGAAAUUGCUCAGGAUAUUAUAGAUUGGAUGGAGAAGAGGCUAUGUGGAGGCAAUCUUGAAGGUGUUUACAGUCCUUGGUAAAGCUAUGUUGCAAUAAUAGUGUACUAGGGUUUGAGAGGGAUUGAGCAGGGUAAAUGGUUUAUUUCUCGGAAUGAAAUUCAUGCAGGGUAGAUGAUGAUUCAUUUCUGGAAAUGAAAUUCAUCUGACCAGUUGAACUGGAUACAUGUCUGUAAUGGGCGUGUUAUAAAUGAAACUUGCAUAUAGUUUACUGCGGAUCGAUGUCAUGAUUUGUGUUCUUCAAUCUUCAGAGAAUCUCCUCUUUGCAGGUUGUGUUUA